AUGGAUUCACUUCAUCAAGCUCACCUGGAGCGAAUCCUGGAGAAUCGCCGAAGACGUGGGGUGCUCGGCACACAAACCCCUCGCCGUGGCGCCUCCACAGCCACACAAACCCAAGAAUUAGAAAUACCAGAGAAGGUGGACGCAUUACUAAUGAAGUCUGAUUUGAGUCCUAACCCGCGGGGAAUGUCAGAUUACGGCAUGGCGGAUGAAGCCGCACGCUCUAUUGAUUCUCGACAGGUAACUCAAGACGCUGCAGAGGGAACUUUUAACGAUAGAUUAAGAAACAUGGGAAAUGGAAAUUCCCACGGUGACUCAGGUAGAGAAAAUGGUAGUCGCUUUGAAAGUAAUUCCUCAUCAGCCAAUCACCAUCCUACACAACGUGAUAAUAGAAGGUUUGGAAACUUGGAAGGAGGAAAUCGUCGUAGGGAUUCAGAUAACUCACGUCCUGGUGGACGUCCAUCUAGAAAAUCCCCUUCUUUAGCUGGUAGAAAUACCUACAGCGGAAGAAAUAAUAAUACCUUUUCCGGCAGUAUGUCGCCUCGUCGAACUGUGCCAUUACUAACGUAUAGCUCUUCUGAGAAUUCUUUUUUUUCUUCAUCACGGGGACGUGAAGGUGGUUCACGUGGUGGAAGAAGAACACCAUCACGCAGUAAUUAUAUACAAACCAGCAGGAGAGACAGCAGUUCACGACCCUACGAACGUCGCAAUAGAUCUCGCAGUGACUAUGCUUCUGGAAUGAACUCUCAUGGAAUCUUUAGUGGAGCUUCACAAAAUUAUGGGAGGAAUGCUUCCAUGGGUGGAUACCAAUCUUCAUUCCAGAGGCCAAGUCAAAGUGAAAGAAAUAGGGAUCCGUAUAAAUUUCCUGAUGAACGGGACAGAAAAGCUACUGGAUCUGUAAUUUAUGCCCCAAGAGAAGGCUCUGUUGGUUCCCCAUAUCUCCCUCAAUUACCCGAUCCUUUGCCUCCUCAAGUUUUUUCACAUUCUAAUCAGGAACGUAAUGCUUCUAUGAGUCCAAACCGUGAUGUGGUCGGAUUACCAGGUACUAGAACAACUAUGGAUCUUCGUACAAGUGUUUCUAUUUUGGCCUCUGGAGAUUGGUUCUAUAAGUGGAAUGGUAAAGGGACCUCCGUAUCUCCGAGGUGGGUAUGGCUGGGUACACGAAGUCAUGUUCUUCUUUGGGCACAUAAGGAAACAUACGAACCUGCCUUCGCUGGUACUAUGAAGCUUGAGAAAAUUAUUCAAAUAACUUCUCGGGAACUGCAGCAACCAAAUGAUGAUGGUGUCCCUCAAACCUAUUAUGUUUUAUUGGUGGAAACAGCAAAACGUGUACUACAGUUGGCAACAGAAAGGCGUGCAAAAGCUGAUGCAUGGUAUGAGGCGCUAAAUAACGUUUUACUUUAUCUGCGAUCUCAUAACUUUGGUGCUGUUGGUGAUUUUGCCUCAUAG